AUGGAUGCAUUUAUGUUGGAAUUUGCUAAAGAAAUUAUCAAAGAAUGCCUCUUGGCACCACGAUGGGCUAGUGUGAACCUUGGAAUAUUUAUAUGCAUGCAAUGUUCUGGAAUUCAUCGGAGUCUUGGAGUUCUUAUUUCAAAGUGUUAUGCUUCUUCUUUAGCAUACUUGACACAACCAGAUUCAAGCUCUGGAGUUGAAAACUUUCAACAGUGUCCUCUUCUUAACAUUAGUUAUUGUCCUCCAUCAGAAGCUGUCCUGUCUGAUGGGAAAAGUUUGGUCGUUGUCAUCUACAAUUCCCUGGGGUGGAAGAGAGAAGAAGUAAUACGAAUUCCUGUUUCCACUGACAGAAUUAGUGUUCAGGAUUCUAGUGGGAAGAAAGUUGAAGUCCAGCUUCUUCCUAUAUUGAAUGCCACUUUUAGUGUUAGAAAUUAUUAUGUGAGAGCAUAUUUGGGUGAAUCUCCGAGAGAAACAAUUAAAUAUUGGCUUGCAUUUACAGUGUCAGUACCGCCAAUUGGUUUCAGCACUUACAUAAUUUCUACCACUAAACAAACAGGCUCUAGUGUAGCCAUUUCUUCUAUGUACAGGUCAGAAGAAAGUAUAGAAAACACUAUAGAAGUUGGACAAGGAAGUUUGAAGCUAAUUUAUUCAGCUCGUGAUGGAAAGCUUUCACACUAUGCUAACAACAUAAAUUUGGUAUGCUAUGUUGAAGAUUUAGUUUCCCAGUACCUUUUCCACUUCAUUUUAUAUGGUUUGUUUUUGUAUGGAGUUUUUUUUAUGUAUCUUCUAAUAUUCAAUCUUAAUUCAAAAUUAACACAUAUAGAUUACAACAUCUGCAGAACAGUCAUAUAG